CAAUUUUCCGCGAGAAGCAAUCCGAGACGCCACUGUCACACGCCAAAUCAAAGUACUCCAUAACCACCUCUGGUAUAUCGGGAAUAUCUCCAACCCGGUCGUGGUGUAUCCAGAGUGAUUUCCUUCGGGAUUUCAGUGUAACCAAACACGCUUGUCCAUUGUUUGAUUGUUUCGUUCAGGUUCUGCGGGUACAGUACGUUGUCUGCAGUACCAUGAAGAACUUGAAUCUUUGGUCGAAAUCCGGUAUAGCUGGGAUACGCAUCUCUGACAAGGGAUGCCCAUUGGGCGCCCGUUUUGAUCACUUCGCCUUUAGCGCAAGGGUCGUUCCACACCCCAUAGCCAUCGCCAGCAAAGCAUCCGAAUGGAACACCCGCCCACGCACUCCCAGCAGCGAACACGUCUGGAUAUGACCCGAUCAAGACAUUCGUCAUCAUAGCGCCUGAACUCGUUCCGGUAGCAAACACGCGGUCCGAGUCCCCAGCAUAAUGGUCAAGUGUCCAUUUCACCAUGCUCACGAUACCGAGAGCAUCGCCACCACCAUCGUGACUCAAAGAAGCGUUGCUGCUGACGUCCCAGCAUUUGUCGGCCAGAUUUGGAGAGUCUGGAUAGAUUGAGAUAAACCCAUACUGAUCACCCAAGGUAGCAUAGCUUCUAUAUCUGAAUACGUCCUGGGCUGUCCCGUGACACCAGUGAGGAAUCACUAUGAUAGGCGGGCUGGGCUUGAGCUCUUUGGAGCUAAGACUCUGCGCUUUUGUCGUUCCUGCUAUCAAGCACACAGCUAGAAGGUUUGUGAGGGAAAACAUAUUGGGUGGUAGCAUGAAGCAAGAAUGUAUUCAUCAUGUUGCUUCCCGACGCCUUUUUAAGGGUGCAAUGAAUUCAGUCUUGUACCGCUUAAUUGAAGCUAAUGCAGCCUCAUUGCACUUGGCUGUAUAGGUAUUCACCCUGAUAUUUGAAUCAGUGUGAUGACGGAGCAGUGAGUACAUUCGACGUAUAGUGAGUUACGCUUCUCCGGAUUUGACACGGAAUUAAUAUGACCUGACCGGAUCUUGGAAUAGCGUAUAUGUACGUACUCUAUGUCUUGCAUUUAGCGACCGGGUUGUCGACCCUAGUCCCGUUCACGGAAAUAUAUAUUGCGUCUCCGUCAAACCUACUUCAAAAUUCAAAAGCUAGCUGGCUGCGAGAU